AUGUCUUCGUUAAAAGAAUACUUUCUGAACUUAAAUUUAUUUGCACCAUCAUCCGAUUCCAAUGAACAAGAAAAUGAUCAACAACGUCUAUGGAAUAUUAUUGGUACACGAAUAUAUAUUAUACUUAUCAUAUUUAUUCUUUUUAUUAUUGGUCUCAUUUUAUUAUUACUUGAACAAACGACGAUGGUUACUAUACCAAAUCCAACAAAAGAUCAGUUUGAACGUCUGCCUAUCAAUGCAAAAUGUUCAUGUUCUCAUAUUUCUAUUCCAUAUGAGAAAUUUAUGUCAGUGAAACCAAGUUUUCAUCAAGUUUGUUCAAGUGAUUUUAUUACUGAUCGAUGGCUAAAUGCAAUUGCUUCGAGAGCGAAUACAACUUAUUUUGCUUUUCGAGACUUUCGACGUUUUGGUAAUGCACAAUUUCAAGCACUUGCUGCUUAUUGUCGUUUGUCAGAAUCAUAUACUAAUCAAAGUGUUAGUGUUAUUUUGCAAAAUACAUUGCUAAGUUCACAAAUCUUAUCCGAAGCAUAUCUGCGGUCACUCAUCAAUACAACAAUUGAACAGUUCAAACUAAAAACACCAAAUACUUUUAAUCUUCAACUAAAAUUAAUCAUAGAAAUGAUAAUCGCCAGUAACUUAAUACCUGCAGUACAAACUAGCAUCUAUUUCACACAGAUAAACGAGCAACUUAUUCUUUUUGAACAUCGUUACCGACGAACGAAUGAUUCUACGUGUCUUUGUAAACUAAACAAUUGCGAUCAAAUAGAGUCAGGCAUUGUCAAUAUGUUUAGAAGACCGAGUAUAGGUGAUACCAUGAAUAGUUUGACAUGGUCUAUACCAGGAAUGUCAACAGGUUGUUUCCCAGGAUUUACACUUCUAUCAUCGACACUUGAAUGUUUCUACAAUCAAACAUGUGUAAACAAACUGAUUACAUAUUUUCCAACAAGUGACAACUUCAGUGCGAUGAUUAUAAAUAAUAAAAGUUUAUAUAAACCAACAUCAACUGUCCAAUCAAUAAUUGAUGAAUUAAUGAUAGAAAAUUGGACAAUGAAUAUUUUUUAUGAUAAAUAUUAUUCAGAAUGUGCACCAUCUUCAUGUACUUAUUUGAAAAUUACUCGACGAGAUUUUGUUCAUGUCUUAAAAAAAUUGAUUAGUUUAUUGUCUAGUUUGACAUUAAUAUUGGGAUUAAUAAUUCCGUUUGUUAUUGGAUUCGUUAUGAAACGACGAGAUCGAACACCAAAAUCACGAAUUUCUUUCAAAAAUCGUUUAUAUCAAUUUAAAGAAAAUAUUCAAAAGAAAUUAAUUGAAUUGAAUAUUUUCAAACAAUCUUCUAAUACAGAUCGACAAACGAAAUUUCAACGUUAUGCAACACGAUUGUAUAUAUUUUUACUGAUUGGUUCAAUGAUAAUUAUAACUAUUUAUGUAUUUUUACAAAAAUCAAUUCAAUCAAAAACAAUUUUUUAUCCUACUGAAUCUCAGUUUUCUCAACUUCAAGAAAAAUAUCCUCGAUCACUUUCAUGUCCAUGCAGUUCAAUAUUAAUAUCUUAUUCAAAUUUUACAACAAUUCAACCGCAAUAUCAUCAAUUAUGUCAAAGUGAUCUCAUUUCUGAAAGAUGGAUUAAUUACAUGAAGGGAAGCAUCGAAGGAAAGUCUCUACUUACUUUUGAUUAUCGAAUAAUUUCUACUGCUUAUUUUCAAUUAUUAUCACUAUUAUGUGAACAAGCUAAAGAAACUAUUGCUAAUGCACUUGACAUUUUUCUCAGAACAGAACUCGUUAGUUCACAAGCUCUUGCAAAAGAAUCGUUUAAAAAUCUAAUAGAUUCAUCGAUUGAAGAUUGGAAAUUAACAACGACAAAUACUUUUAAAAGAACUAUUCGAUUAAUUCAACAAAUUUAUCAAGGAAAUCAAUUGAUUAGUGAUUUAUAUACCAAUUAUAUUAUGGUAGAUGGAAAUUCAGAAAUAUAUCUAAGCUCACAAACACACCAAGGAUGUAAUUGUAUUUUAUCUUCAUCCUGUGAUUCUACUGUUGAAAUUUAUCGUACAAAUCGAGGGGGGGGGCUAUACUUUGAAGAUCCUUAUCCAGUUUCGAAUAUUUUUUAUGGUUGUUAUUCAAUUCAAUCAUUAUUUGGAUCAACAUUAGAAUGUUUUUAUAAUCUAUCAUGUAUGUUAACAGUUGAUGAAUAUAUACGUUCUCUAGUAUCUUUUAACUUUUCUGCUCUUGAUCAAAAUUUAAAUCAACCAAAUGAAACAAUCACAAUGAUUACUGAUCAGUUAAUGGUUGAUAAAUGGUUAUCAAAUAUUUCUUUUUCAUCAUAUUAUGAAAAAUGUUUACCAUUAUCAUGUACAUAUCAAUAUAAUGAUCGAAAUAAUCUUUUUAUUAGUAUUACAACUAUUAUAAGUAUUUUUGGUGGUUUAUCACUUGCAUUGAAACUUUUAAUUAUGAUUAGUUUGAAAUUUAUUGAUAAAGUUUGUUCAAAUAAUUUCUUUCAUUUAAUUUCAUUCAAUUUUAUUAAGCAAAUCUUUAUCUGUCAUACCGAAAAUCAAAUCAUUCAUCGAUUACAUGUGAUUUUAGUUAUUGGAAUUCUUACUACACUUUGUAUGUUUUCUACUUUUACUCCUCGUGUAAUUACUAUUCAAGCGAAUAAACCUUCAUUAAAAAUCUAUAAAGAUUUAUAUAAAGAACAUAAUGAUACAUUGGAAUGUCCAUGUUCAAAAUUAUCAAUGAAAUAUAAAUCAUUUUUAACUUUAACAACUCGUUUUCAUGAGAUGUGCUCAAGUGAAUUUAUUACAGAUCGAUGGCUUUCAUAUUUAUAUGAGAAAAGAGACAAUGAUAAACGACAUUCACCAUAUGAUUUUUAUAAUUCAGCGGUUGGACAAUUUAAACUACUUUUAUCAUUUUGUAAUUUAUCAAACGAAACAGUUUCUGAAUCAAUUCUUCAAUUGGGAACAACAGAUUUAAUUAAUAAUCAACUUUUAUCAGAAUAUAUCUUAAAUAAUCGAAUUCAGAUGUUUAUUAAUGAAUUUCAACAAACCAUAUCACAACCAUUUGCCAAUAGUAUUUCAUUAAUUCGUGAAACAAUUAGCAGUAAUAUGUUCAUGACUUUAUAUCUAAGUAAUUGGGAACUUGAACGUGUAGAUCCAGCCUUGCAAGAACUGGUUAUUCAUGUGUUUCCCUUAAAUUAUAAUGGAUGUAGUUGUUCAUCAUCGUCUGAAUGCGUUAGUUCAUCUCGUGGAAUGUUAAUUGGUUGUUAUCCACUUGAAUCAAUAUUUCAAACAACAUUAGAAUGUUUUUAUAAUCAAUCAUGUAUUGAUUCAACAAAUAAUUUCAAAUCAAUAAAUAUUUCAUCAUUAGAAACAAGUCGUUUUUUAUUAACUCAAACAAUUGAAUCAGUUGUCAAUGAAUUAAUGCUUGAAGAAUUCAAAUUUGAAAUAAAUUAUACAAAUUAUUUUGAUCAAUGUUCACCAGCGUUAUGUAUUUAUUCAUAUGUUGAUAAAAGGAAUGCUACUGAAGGAAUAUUAAUAUUAAUUGGUUUAUAUGGUGGUUUAGUUAUUAUUUGUCGAUUAAUUGCUAUUAUUAUUGUCAAAGCAAUGUGUCGGACAAAUAAUAGAAUUAAUCCGACUACAAAUGUAUCUUAA